AUGUCCACACCGCCGAAACCAUGGGCCAUCAUAGUCGGAGCUGGGCCAUCCGGUCUUCUGCUCGGCCUGAUGCUGGCGAAACGCGGUAUCCCAGUCCAGUUGAUCGACAAGUCUGACAAGCUGGACGAGCAACCCCGCGCAACACACUACGGACCCCCAGCAAUGUAUGAACUGCGGCGAGCCGGCGUGGCCGACGAUCUGCGCGCCCAAGGAUUCCAGCCCGACGGCGUGUGCUGGAGGAAGCUAGACGGCACAUACAUCGCCGGGCUGAACUUGAAGCUUAUGGCCGACGAUCCCGACCGCAUGGUCUGCCUGCCGCUGAACCGACUGGGCAAGAUCCUCAUGGAACAUAUCGGCCGGCAGCCGACCGCGACGGUCUCGUGGAGCCACGAGGUCAAAUCGAUCGGCCAAGACGAGGACAAGGCCUGGGUCACCGUGCAGACGCCCGACGGCGAGAAGACGCUCUCGGCAAAGUAUAUCAUCGGGUGUGAUGGUGCGAACAGCCAAGUCCGCCGGUCACUGUUCGGCGACUGGGAGUUCCCGGGUAAGACAUGGGACGAGCAGAUUGUCGCCACGAAUACAUACUACGACUUCACCCCCUAUGGGUGGGCAGACUCCAACUUCAUCAUCCACCCCGAGCACUGGUUCAUGGCGGCCCGGAUUGGCAAAGACGGCCUCUGGCGCAUCACGUACGGCGAGAUCCCCGGCCUGACGACCGAGCAGCUGAGGGAGCGCCUGCCGGGGAAAUUCAAGGCCUUUCUCCCCGGCCACCCGGACCCGGACCAGUACAAGGUGGUGAACUUCAGCCCGUACAAGAUCCACCAGCGCCUCGCGCCGAGCAUGCGCGUCGGCCGCUUCUGCCUGGCCGCCGACGCGGCCCACCUGUGCAACCCCUUUGGCGGGAUGGGGCUGACGGGCGGGAUCGUGGACAUCGGCGGCCUGUACGACUGUCUGGCGGGCAUUUACGAGGGCGUGGCCGACGACAAGAUCCUCGAUCUGUACUCGCAGGUGCGGCGGCAGAAGUACUCCGAGGUGGUGGACCCGAUCUCGUCGGCCAACAUCGUCCGCCUGUUCGGGCAGGAUCCGGACAAGGCGCUGGAAAAUGACGAGUUCCUGAAGCUAUGCAAGCGGACCGAGGAGGACGAGGCGUUUGCGCGCGAAUUCCAGAACGGCGUCAACGUCCUGAAGCAUGAUUUCACGCAGUACUACAACAAGAAGGAUCUGAACAGCGAGGCGGCACGUCGUGACGGCGAGGUUGCCGGGGCGAAAGAGCCCGAAGUGGCUGUCCAAGUCAACGCGGUGGGAGUGUCGGAUUGA